UCUCACUGUUCCUGAAACAAUGGCUACCUUUUGGCUUGUGGUUGUGCUGGCACAUGCUGUCUUGAUUGAUGAAGGGUUUUCUUUUCCAGCUGGCUCUACACAAGCUCAAUCUGAUACUGAGCUGAUGAAAAUGCCAGAUGUGUCUCCUGAAGAUCUUUCACUUAAGAGUGUUUUAGAACUUCUCCAGUCUUUGGAUUCUGUGUUGGUGCUACAUGCCAAAGAAGGUCUCCUGGCAGCAGAAGACGUUGAAAUUGCUGCGGCUGUUGGCGUGGGAAAGGUUUCACUGGACAAACCCGAAGGGCUCCAAACAAAGUUGGGCAGUCAUCACAAAGUGAGGAAAAACCUCCAGCAUAUGAGAAAUGACCAUAAUGUGGAUCACAACGUGAGCAACAGCCAUUGGCAGGAAAACGUGAGCUACAACCAAAAGAGUGACUUGAGUGACAAGGUGAGUCAUGGCCACCAGGACUACACCUUGAGCCAAAACAUGAGCAGCAAGGGGCAGCAGGACUAUGCCUUGAGCCAAAACAUGAGCAAGGGUCACCAGGAUGACUCUUUUAGCCACAACAUGAGCAGCAAGGGCCACCAGGACUAUGCCAUGAGUGAAAACAUGAGCAAGGGUCACCAGGAUGACUCCUUUAGCCACAAAAUGAGCAGCAAGGGCUACCAGGAUGACUCGGACUACCAGAACGAUGCCUUUAGUCACAAGAAUAACAUGAGCAGCAAGGGCCACCAGGACUAUGCCUUGAGCCAUGACCAGAUGAGUCAAAACAUGAGCAAGGGUCACCAGGAUGAUGCCUUUAGCCACAACAUGAGCACCAAGGGCUACCAGGAUGACUCAGACGACCAGACCGAUGCCUUAAGUCAAAAGAAUGAUAACAUGAGCACCAAGGGCCACCAGGACUAUGCCUUGAGCCACGACCAGACGAGCCAAAACAUGAGCAAGGGCCAACAGGACUAUGCCUUGAGCCAUGAUCAGGUGAGCCAAUACAUGAGCAAGGGUCACCAGGAUGACUCCUUUAGCCACAAAAUGAGCAGCAAGGGCUACCAAGAUGACUCGGACUACCAGAACGAUGCCUUUAGUUACAAGAAUAACAUGAGCAGCAAGGGCCACCAGGACUAUGCCUUGAGCCAUGACCAGAUGAGUCAAAACAUGAGCAAGGGUCACCAGGAUGAUGCCUUUAGCCACAACAUGAGCACCAAGGGCUACCAGGAUGACUCAGACGACCAGACCGAUGCCUUAAGUCAAAAGAAUGAUAACAUGAGCACCAAGGGCCACCAGGACUAUGCCUUGAGCCACGACCAGACGAGCCAAAACAUGAGCAAGGGCCAACAGGACUAUGCCUUGAGCCAUGAUCAGGUGAGCCAAUACAUGAGCAAGGGUCACCAGGAUGACUCCUUUAGCCACAAAAUGAGCAGCAAGGGCUACCAAGAUGACUCGGACUACCAGAACGAUGCCUUUAGUUACAAGAAUAACAUGAGCAGCAAGGGCCACCAGGACUAUGCCUUGAGCCAUGACCAGAUGAGUCAAAACAUGAGCAAGGGUCACCAGGAUGAUGCCUUUAGCCACAACAUAAGCAGCAAGGGCUACCAGGAUGACUCAGACUACCAGAAUGAUGCCUUUAGUUACAAGAAUGAUUACAUGAGCAGUAAGGGCCACCAGGGUGACUAAAUGAGCACCAGCCACAAGAGGGACCAACUACCUGAAUGGGCCAUGAUGACUUGACAGAUUGUGUAUAGGUUGUAUGUGGUUUCAUUGAAUUAUUAAAGGCAUAGAAGCGCUCUAAAAUGUUCAUGGAUUUACUAAAUAAAACCCUUUACCUUGAAA